AUGGUUUCUCUUCCGGUUUACCUACGAGUAAUGGUCCACUGUUGUCAGUUCUCAAAAUAAUCGUUCAUAACAAUAGUUUAUACUUUUAGAAAAUUGUGUUUAGUUGUGAAUUAUUUUAGUAUAUGCGCUUGUGAUUAUUUUGAAAGUAUUGUUUUAUUGGUAUUGUGCUCUAUUAGUUGGUUUUCCGAUUCUUUAAGGUGCUACAAAUAAAAUGGAUAUGUCCUAUUGAAACGUCGUGUCAACAAACUAAGUUUCCGGUUGGGCGGCAGAUUCAAAAUUGAAAGAAAAUUAAAUUAUGAACAAUGGAAUCCCAGACUGAAUCAACUGAGCUUCUAGAGACAGUGGUAAUAGCUGGACAACAACAACCUCAAUACUUACUACAUAGAAUACCAGAAAAUCCCCAAUUAAUUACUCCAGAACUUCUACAAAAUCAUGGAGGACUUGUUGUGGAUAUUGGUGGAGGAGAUUACAUUCCUGUAAACUAUUCAUCAGAGGAUCUCCUCUCACAAGAUCUAACUGAUGAAGAUAGAAGAUUGGCUGCUGCUUUGGUGGCUGUACAAUUCAAUCAGCAACAAAAACAGCAGCAACAGAUACAAGAUGCCAAUGCUCUGUCCCAACUCGAUCAUAAUUCAACAUUAGAAAAUAAAAUUUUGGAAGAGCAAGUAAUAAUAGACAAAAACGGAGGUUUGAAUAGUGGUUAUUUGCAAAUUGUUGGUUCCGAUAGUAUUUAUGUUGAAAAAGAAGCUUUACCAAAGUUUGUUGCUGCCAGGAAAGAUGCAUCUCCAAGAUACAUUGAAGAAGUUCAGACGAAUCAUUUACCUACCAAAAAUGAAGGAGACUUGGAUAAACGAGAAUCUGAUGGUUUAGAAGGAGAGAAAAAUGAGAACCGUUCUUCUAAAAAGACACUUCCUCACAAGAAAAGAAUCACCAAGAAGUUGAAACGAACAUCUACAUCAAAUAAAAAAAUUAAAUGCAACUUAUGCGAACAAUUCUUUGCAUCCAGUGAUGAAUUUGCUCAGCAUGAGUUGCUUUGUCAAACCACCAUCACUCCGAUAUCGUCUAAUCUUUUCAAUUGUCAGAUUUGUAAUGCAUCUCUGACUGAUCAGCUGCAAUUUUUCGAACAUUUGAAAGCCCAUUAUGAGCCUUCAGCUACUAUUACAAAUGUUUCCAAGAAUCCUCCUCCCGUUGAACCAGAAGUUGAAACGGAAAAGCCUGCCGUUAAGAGUGAAAUUAUUUCGGAACCAAGCGUCAAAGAUAGUAUUAUAUCAGUGCUCAACCUUACCUGUACCGUUUGUAGUAAAACAUUCCGAAAACAAAAAACCUAUGAUGCGCACAUGAAAGAAGUCCAUGAAAAAUAUGAACUCAAUGAGUUUAGCGAACCAGAAGAUCUUAUGGAGGGUAUAGAGGUAUCUGUUAAUUCCAAUCAUAAUUCAGAUGCAGAAGAAGUGGAUUCUAAAGCUUGGUAUAAGGAAGAGGAACUGCAACAAACUGAAGAAGAUCUCAAAGAACUAGAAGCAGAAGAUCAUGUCUGUCACAUUUGUAAUCAACCUUUUCCAUUGAGAGCUAUUCUAUUACAACAUUUAAUUUCAUGUCGAGCAAUUACGGGAAAUACAAAACCAACUUCUCCCGAGAUUGUCAAGAAAAAGAAUAAGAAGACUACAAAAGCCAAAAUUUCAUGCAAUUUAUGUGAAAGGUCCUUCACCCAUAGAAAUUCACUGAUGUACCACUUGCACAGUCAUCACACUAGAGUGAGACCACAUCAAUGUGAAACUUGCGGAAAGAGAUUUUUUGCUUCGAGUGCUUUGAAAGUCCAUAGGAGAUUACAUUCAGGAGAAAGGCCGUACCAUUGUACAGAAUGUGGUAGGACCUUUAGACAGUGGGGAGACUUGAAGUAUCACAUGACCUCUCUACAUUCAACAGAGAAACAAUUUCAGUGCGAAUACUGUGGCAAGGAAUUUGCUAGAAAGUAUUCCCUUGUUGUACAUCGAAGGAUACACACUGGGGAGAAAAAUUACAAAUGUGAAUUUUGUGAGAAAACAUUCAGAGCAUCAUCUUAUCUCCAAAACCACAGAAGAAUUCAUACUGGCGAGAAACCUCAUGAGUGUGAUAUUUGUGGAAAACCAUUUAGAGUGAGAUCAGACAUGAAAAGACAUCAAAAGUCUCAUAAUAAGAAACCAACUACCAAGAAAGUAUAUAAAAUUGAUAAUUUAGAUAUUGCAGUUGAAACUAAAGCAAAAGAAGAAAUUGAUCAUGGUUCGAAUGAUACUGCUGAACUUCACAUUAAUGACCCAGAACAAGAAACGGAAAUAUUAUAUGAAGAUCCUUUGGCACCUAGGGAUGGAAUGUAUACCAAUGGACAUCAACUAUUUUUGGUAACAUAUUCAGGAGAUGUAACAAAAAUGGAUUCUACUUGGAUUCAAACUACAACAUAAAAACUUGAUGUAAUAUAUAUUUAUUAUGUUGAAAAAAAACAUUGACUAUUGAAAUUACUUUGGAGCUAUACUUAAGAUGAAUUAUUAUUGUUGCUAAUAAAUUGAAAAUAUAAAUUUUUUUAAGCAUUCA